AUGUACUGUGGUGUCGAACACCAGACCGCUCACCGCCAAGAGUAUAAGUCUGCUUGCAGCCUGAUCAGAAGAUGUCGUAUUGCUAUGGAGAAGGAAGAACAGGCCUUACGGGAUCACCCAGAUGAUCCCUUCACCCACCGUGUCGGAAACUUCUGGGGGAUCCUCGAGACACGCCCUUACAUGCGAUUCCGCGCUGCCCUGUGUAAUAUCAUGAGUUAA